UGGGCGACCUUUAAAUAGCGAAAAAGGCAACCGCCUGACGAGCGCCGACGCGAUGGGCCGAGAUCCGUCAACGAUGGUUGCGAGCCCGACGUCGUCCGAGCUCAACAACGAGAGCGCGAGUGAGUGGGCGACGUGCUCCAACUGCAGCGAGCAAACUGUCGUGCGCCCGUGUCCUGCGCGCUGCGGCGUGGCAGCCUACUGCUCGUCGCUCUGCCUUCUGCAUCACAAGACAGUGCACCGGUCGUUCUGCCGUCCGACGAUUGCACCCGUCGCGACCAAGGACGCCGAGGACGUGCUUGUCGAGACCGACAACAACGCCGAGGGAAACGAGGUCGUCGAUGAGGACGACGACGAGGACGACAUGCCACUGCUCGACAGGUUGCAAGUGGCGGAGAAGCCGCCGGCGUUCCUCAAGAAGACUUUCUCGAGCCUCUUUCUUCUGCCCUCCAAGCUCAAGAAACUACUGCCAUCGGACGACCAAGCCAUUGCCCCCGAGAUCGCCGACGAUGCCGCGCCGACUCCGUUCGUCCACCACCACGUGUGCAGUCCGCGCGCCAACUUGUCGGAGCCCUGGUCCCGCUUCAGCGCCGACUUCAACAUGCUCAAGUUCUUCGUGCACCAGUCCGGCCCGGCUGGCUUUCAGCUCGAGCUCGGCGCCGACGGCGGGCUGGUCGUGGUCGGUAUCUCUCGGCCGCGCGUCUGGGCGAUGGGCAUCCGUCCCGGCGACCAGCUCGACCGCAUCGGAGGCAUGUCGACGUCCGGUCUCGCACCGGACGAAGCGUUCCGGUGUCUUUACCGCGCCGACCUUCCGACAGUGCUUCGAUUCCGAGCGACUGCACGCGUGCAGCGCGAGACAUGGACCGUCCUGCUGCAAGAUCGACUCGGUGUCACCUUUGCCGGCGACGGCCGGCUCGACAUCCCGGUUGUGGACCGCGUGGUGGCCCGAACGGACGAGUCGCCACAGGUCGGUGACCUCCUCAUUGUGGUCAACGAUGUCUACGACGCGGUCGCGCACGGCUUGAGUGCGACCUUGCGCUACAUCCACGAGAGCCCGCGCCCAGUCGCGCUGACGUUCCAGCGCCUCCUUAGCGACGCGUCACCGAUGCCGCGCCCACCGAGCGAGCCGACGCUUCUCACGGAGCGCGAGCCGAGCGACGUGGCCACCGAGAUGCCGCCGUCGUCUGUUCGGGCGCUGUGUGCCACGACGCUGUCGUCACCGUCCGGCAACGUCGUCUUGGUCUGGCGCGACGGCUUCCUCGGCGUGACGCUGGUCGAGCACCCGACGUCGGGGCUGCCGACGGUGCACCGGCUCACCGGAAAAGGGCAGACGCCGCUCGUGGGCCAGCUCGCGCCGGGCUACACGCUCUGUCUGUGA